UAGAAACUAUCUCUCUUCCCCUUUCCUUGCCCGUUCGGCGCCAGUGAUGGGCUAAUUCCAACUAUGACUUGGCGGAAGUAACUACGUUGUAACAAACUCCAUGAGUAAGCAGGAAAUAUUCUACAUUCUACACACACAACGCGUUCAUCAGGCGGAUGAGUCUGCUAAAAAUGGCAAAAAUAUACAACCUAGCCAACGAAGUUUUGGCCAGUAUUUUUAAGCAUCUAAAAGGCUUGGACCUUGGGACGGUGGCGAAAACUUGUCAAAGGUUUCGGAGUGCGGCGUAUAUCGACCAAAUAUGGCAACAUCUUUGUGAAAGAGGUAAACAUCUGUCUCUUUUAUGGGUUAAAGAGGAAAGUGGUUAGGUUUAUACGAAGCUACGUUAACGGUUAUAGUGAAAGGUCGGGCCAAUCUCAAAUCCAAAAUUGUUACAUUUAGUGGUUCUUUAAUGGAACAUUAUUAAGGAAGAAUUUUAUUUAAUAACAUAUUUUCAAGUAUUCUGUGAAAUACUCCUUUAGGUUUGUAUUUAUUUAAAAUCUUUCUUGUGGGUAAUUCUCACUAUAUACUUUAACACGCAGACUAAAAGGUUUUUAUUAUUAUUAUUAUUAAUUUCUUGCCUUUAUUUACAAGAAACAGCUGUCACUCAAACCCGAAAAUUUAAACAUUUUCGCUAGAAUCGUUUUCUAGAAGGCUUUCUAUCCAGUAGUUUGAACGUAACUGUCCAAUUUAACUCAAUAGCAAUACAAGAUGAACAACAAAUACAAUGCUGUAGCAUGAAUAAUAACAAAAUGAGAUGAUAUACUCUUUUGGAGUCCUUCCUAACAUUCUGCUUUUAGAAUGGUUUCAGCGUAAUACGCUUUCUCUAGACGAUUGCUUAAAAUGAGCUCACCACCUGCAGUAUCCAUUGGCAAGAAACUUUCCAUCAAUAAAAAAAUUUGCAAAAAUUUGUAUUCCAGAAUGUCAUCUUAAAAGUUCAAAGGAGAAACUAUAUUUUGCUUCAUACAGCAAUAUCAAGCUGUUGUAUUAUUUGACUGUCUUUCUUUCAGUUUCAUUUUUUGUUUUAGCUUUUAGUUUCUUUGGACUUGUACAAGAUUAUAUGCAUUAAUUUAGUAAAGUGAGAACAUUUCCACAUUUUUCUGAGUUAAACCAUUACACAUGGUAGAAGUUUAUAAGUCCUUUAAUUAAUUAGGCUGAUUAAAUUAUGAUACAAUGAAUUCAACUAUUACAUCAUUGCCUCCAUUCUAAUUUCUGUAUUUCCACUGUAUAUGAUUCCCACCCUACAAAUUGCUCAUUAAGGGAACUGCAUAUCUAACUUACAAAAGUAUUCUAUUCAUGAGAAAAGUACUGGUAUUAACUCUUUAAACCCUGACAGUGACCAGCAUCUAAUUAUAAAGGAACUGCAUUUCUCAGUGAAAAAGGUAUUCUAUUCACGAGAAGAGUACUGCUAUUAACCCUUUAAACCUUGACAGUGACCAGCAUCUAAUAGUACUGAUGAAUCAUUCAUCAAGAUUAUUAGAAUAAAGGAUAUGAUUGCCAACCCAGGAAGUUUUGAUUGUUCAAUGAAUUUCCCUUCUCAGUACAAAGGGAAAUAUUUAUAGAAAAGAAUAUGGAGAAAAUAGAUACUGAUGUAAAGGUGAUAAGGGUAAAACCGGUCAUCAUGCACGAAAAAAAAAAUAAGAAAAACGUUAGUCAUAUUAACCCUUGAUUAAAAGCCUUGAUAAUAAUAAUAAUAACUUUAUAAUAAUAACUUUAUUCAUGUGUCAAUUAUAAAAAAUAGCAGUAAUGAAACCACUAAGUAAGGACACAACAAAAUAGUUUAAAUAAAAUAGUAAAUAGCUAAAAUAUUGAUAUUCGAAUAAAUUACAUGUAAGAUAUGUAGUCAGAUUCUAUCUCUAAAAACUAGCUCACUCUCUCUACUACUCUCUAAUAAAUAGCUAAAUAUUAAUAUAAGAAUAAUUUACAUGUACAAUAAGUAAAUCUCUCUCUAAAACCCGCUCACUCUCUCUACCCACACACUCUCGAUUGUAAUUCAUCCAUUCGCAAUAUAAAUAAUUAAUUAAAUUAUGUUAAUAAUUAAAUGAGACUGAAAAUUUGCGGUCAGCAGAAUUAGGCCAGGGCACCUUGAUUCCCAGACGAUUUUCAAAAACAUUCUAAUAAAUUAUGAUAUAUCUAGAUUAUGGAGUAUCAUCCCUUGAUCAGUGGAAUGUCUCAUCAUUUAGAGAACUUUACAUCAUUGGUAAGUAACCUGUAUGAUUUUGAAUCUGUUCAUUUAUGGUAGAACAUAUUUCCAUUGUUGCUUUACACUACCUUUCCAAUUUGGAAGCUGUGACACACUACAGUGGAAACAAAUAGAUGACUCAGGUUGCUACUGGUCAACUGAUUGUUAGCAUCCCUUUUCUUGCCAUUAAAUUUUAUUUUCCCUUUUUGAGGUGGGGGGUUUCUGCCGUACACUGUGCUUUUUCUUGAUAGCAGUGCAGGGGUUUCAAUAAUGUUUUCAAUAUUAAACAGCUGUUGAUGAUGUAAUAGGCAUCUGUUAGUAAAAGUCCCCAACAUGAGCCUGCUGGCAGUCUUGGCAGACCAAACAGACAGCGCUAAGAGGUCUUAUAGAUGUUGGUAGAUCACUGGUAACAGGCUUUUAUUGAAAUCCUUGGCAAUAUUAUUAUAUUUUAAACGAUUUUUUCACCCUAGAAAAUUGCCUUUUAUCAGAGGUAAAUAUUGAAAUAAUACUCUUUUAAGAUAGACAAACUCUAAGUACCAAGGUUAAGGGUGAUGAUUACCUAUUCUCUGUCAUUCACAUGCUGCAAAUGAGGAAGAAAAAUCAUUAUUUUUCAUGAUUCCUACCUGUGACAAAGCACCUUAUGUUGUUAAUGAGGUAUAAGAUAACACUUACAUUCAUUACAGCUUGAAAUUUUGUGAUGUAAUAAUGAAAAAUAUUAAUCUUCUUGCUUUGUAAAUUGUCAUUAAUUUUUACAGUGUUGCACAAGUAUGGCUGUUUACUUGGUGUUUGGAAGUGCAAUAUAAAUCCAUAUGGUGGCUUGGUUCAUAUUAAGGUAAGGUUGUCUUUUUUCCCUUCCUUUUAAAAAGAUGGAUCACACAAAUGGUAGGUUACUUUUGCUUAACACUGACCCAGUCUUGGCAAGCAAGCAAAUGAUUCGUCAAGUAUGUAGAUGUUGAAAAAUGAAGACUAAAUUGAUGCUACGAGAAAUGGGAAUGACUGCAAUCCUGCCAUCAGUUAAUGCGUUGUCAGUGGUCUACAUGUAUGUCGGCCAGAUGAUGUUGAGUAAGUUUGUUACUUCUCAAACAUCUCAAACUGUAAAUGGGAUUUUCCUGAGAUUGCCAAGCAUCUCACAUUAAACAAAUAGUUAUAACACAGUACCCUGCUGGAGAUGCUAUCAGAUCCAAAGCUGAUAAACAAAGCUAUCAAAAAAGAAGCAACCAGUGGUCGUUCAUUCAUCAACUUCAGCUGGUUUAGAAACUGUUGCCCUUGGGAGGCAAAAGAACUCCUUUCAAAAGAGCUGCCCUACAGGCUCUUUAGGAGCCACCAAAUAUGAAAAAAGUCAUUGUUAAUGUGAAUGAUGUUACAUCUGCAGACAGUACUUCCUCUGAUGCUUUAAGGAAGUAUUUCAUACCCAAGUUUCUUUUUAUAGUGUACGAAUGGAAUCAAGUACCGUAAUUUCCGUCCAUUUACCCACACGGCAGAUUACCUGCAUCGGUAAAUUUUUGCAAUAACGAGAAAAAAAUUUCAAUAGAUUACCCGCACUGGCAGAUAACCCGCGCCCAACAAAAAGAAAAGAAAAGAAAAGAAAAUCGUCGUCUCCCACAAAGUCCCUUCAUUGUUUUUGUUGACACGAUAUCAUUUAGCGUACAAUUAAUAAACUUUCACAUUUUUUGCCUUCGCUCUUUCACUGAAAAUGAUGCCACUUGUAAAAAUCUGUUCUCAAAAAAAAUUGAUAUCUCGAAAUCUACCAAGUCGAAGAAAUCGCUUGAAACGGAAAAUACUCUUUUAACUUAAGGGAGUGCCAGCUAAGAAAAUUCCACUGAUGCGUCGAAUAUUCUGUCUCGUCAUUAAUUAUGCGGCGCCGCGAAAUGAACAUGUCAGCAUUAUUUUCCGUGUGAAUUGCACCGAAGCCAGCUUUUUCACAAUUAAAUUCUUUUAUUUCCAAGUUUACUACCUGUGUAAGUGAGAAAUGUAAACUAGGCCGGAAGCUUUAGAAGUUAUCGUAUUACUCGCACCUUUCUCAGUAAAACCCACACCAACAACUGUUUGUGGAAAAAUUUUAAAAACAGAUUACCCGCGGGUAAUCGGCCGGAAAUUACGGUAAUGAUCUGUGAGAGUAGGUACUUCAAAUAUUUUCAGUAUUGUAGGGAAUAUUUACGGAAAGAAAUAUUGAACAAACUUAAGCAAUUUUUUUUUUCGUUCGAGGCAUAAUACGUAGACAUAGCUCACUAUAAUUCCCUCUUUCCUCAGUGAAUAUUGCUGUUUAUUCUUUGUCAUUAUUGUUGGUAUUUCUGGGCUAUUUUUCAAUAUGGCAUGUCUGAUAUGUCACAAAUCUGUUGGGCUAGAAGAACACAGUAUGCAAACUCAUAGUGUGACAGCCCCUUUAUAAAAUUAAUAAUUGAUGUAAAAUGUGUUUAACACUGCAUUAUGCUUUACGGGUCGUAUUGGAAUGACUGACCACAUGUCUCUGUUGACAGGUUUAUCCAGGUAAGAUUGAGGCCGUCGAUUGUCGUGCACCGUUUGACCCUGAUAUAAAAAGGCCUCUAAGACCCAAGGUUAUGUUUGAUAUAAAAGUACAUGAUGGAAAAGCUGCUGUCAUGUGCCACAGUGAUUGGGAUAAUGGGUCACACAGUGGAAACCUAAUGGUAAGUUCAGAAUUUCCUCCUCCUCCUCCCCCCACCCCCCCUCACUCAUACCUCUGUACCUUACAGAAGUUCACUUUGUUAACUUAUCAUUUCAUAUAUCAUUUUGUGAUUUGUACAGAUAGAAGAAACUGGAGAGGGGAAAGUACCUCAGUUUCAUUUGAAGUGCGACAGCUGGUCAAAUCAUGAAAUACCAUCAGACAGGGAAGAGGUUUGUUGAAGAAAAAACUUAUUCAUUCUUCCCUUCUUUCCUUCCCUUGUUCCUUUGUCCUUUUCUCCUUUGUCUCCAGCGUACCUUCCUUACCUUUUGUAUAUAACAUAAUUAUAUCCCUUUCGCGCGUGUAACGAGCAUGAAUACCAGAGCGCUUAAUGAACUUAUCGCGCAGGUAUUGCGGAGCGAGGUCAUUCAGACAUUUGUUUGUUAUUACUACGUCCUUAUAUAGUAGUAAUUGCUUCACGGGUAAAGGAGUUACGUGGUCGAAUUUCUUAGAGUUCGUAAUUAUCUGGCUGGCAAAGUUUUGGAUUGACUGUAGCUUACUGACAUUUCCAGCUGAUGUGAUUGACCACACGGUGGAACAAUAUAACAUUUUACUAAAAACUAAUGAUGCUAUUAGUAAUUUUAAAGUUUCUUUGAUAAAGCUCUUCUCAACACGAAAGCAGGACGAGACUACAUGUGUGAUGUGGUAAUCGUAAGUUAAGUGGGGGUCCAGAGUGACUCCCAAGUCCUUGGCUGAAGUAGCUGGUUGUAGUAUCCAACCAAGGAAGGACACUUGGGGAACUUCUGAUAUCCUUCUCAUCAACUGAGAAGGAUAUCAUGCCUAGUUCCGAUAAAGAGGAGCUUGGUCUUGCUUGGAUUUAUCAGUAAGUUGUUUGCACAACAUCAUUGGGCCACGUUGCGCAGGUCUUGUUCAAGCAUCUCAAUCGCCGGUUGAGUCAAUCUCAGCCAACGGGAAUGACAGGAGUACUUGCGAGUCAUCCACGUAUAACUCCAGGCUGCAAGUAUUAGGAGCCGAGGGCAGAUCGUUGAGGUAGAUGCAGAAAAGCAAAGGUGAUUACGCCUUGUGGGACUCCGUGUGUUAUUGGCAGGGGUUCCGAAAGAGUGGAAUCAAUUCGGACAGAUUGAGAGCGCCCCUGAUAGAUAGUUCUUGAACCAAUUUACGGUUGAAGGUGAUUCUCCUACUCUGGAGAGCUUUUGGUGUUGAAUGCUGUCAAAAGCUUUUGAGAGGUCUGAUAGGACGAGAGCGGAGAGCUUCUUCCUAUCCAUAGCCAUUCUAAGAUGCGGUCUGUGAGGUAGAUGUUCAGAGUCUCAGCGGAGUGGGCCUUUUUGUGUCCACUCUGGUGGACUGUUAACCUGUUGUAGUUAAGGAGGUAAGUAGUGAUUUGACUAAGAACGAUUUUCUCGCAAACCUUAGACGCGACGGUUAACAGUGAUAGUGGUCUGUUAUUGGCGGCCUCUUCAUAAUCUCCGUCUUUAAGAAUAGGUAUCACCUCCGCUUCUUUCCACUUAUUUGGAAAUAUAAUAGAAAGAAUGGAGCAAUUUAUGAUCUCAGUCAGAGUGCCUAAGAUGACGGGUAGACAGUCCUUGAUUGUGUGCGCACUCACUUUAUCUGGACCAGGCGCUUUGUUAAGUGGCAGAGACUUGGCUUUCUUCCUCACAUGUCACGGUCCUGAGAUUAAAAGGUUCGUUGAUGGGAGGGAGGUCGACACUGAUCUCCUCGGGGAUCGCUAUACUGCUUUUCUUGGCUAGGUGCAAAGAGAUCUCUGCGGCAUUUCUACCGAUAGCUGCAAAAAACUGGCUGAAUUAAUUUGUUACGGAUUUCAUAUCUUUUGAAUAAAUUUGCCUUUCGUUGAUUUUGAAAGGGAGAGCGCGAUUAUCAUCCAGAGAGAACCAGGAUUUUUCUGAAGCAAUCUCACUUCUUCGAAUGUGUGGUUUCUCUCAGCUACAAGAAGGGUUUUCUUAACCAAGUUGCGCGAUUCUUUAAAAUUAGCUCAGUCAACGGCGUUCCGUGUUUGAUGAAAUCGUGUGAGGAAGCCAACUCUAGAUUUCAUGAGAUCCUUGAUUUCCUGGUGGGCAAAACGACAGGGUCUGCUACGAAUCUUAAUAGAUUUCAUGGGAGCAUGGAUGUCUAGAGCGGGCUGAAGAGUAUCAUUAAAUGUAUUGAGCGUGGUGCCCACGUAGCUAGCAUCAAAAAUUGUUAGAAGGCCAUCGGCCUGGUCGGCUAGGUCUACCAUAAAGAGGCUCCCCCACCCCUUUUAUGAAGGCGGUUCAAUGUGAAUAACUUGUAUCCCUCCAUUUGGAACUCGAGGGUUGGGACGGUAGUUUUUAGCCAAGUUUCAGAGAAUGUGAUGAUAUCAGUUUUCCUUUCUGAAGCAAGAAGCCGUAGCUCUUACAAGUGAGCGCGAUUUUUGAGCGAUCUUAUUUUCAGGUGGGCGAUUUCAAGCCCGGCGUUACUAGAAUUUGACGCUCCAUUUGGCUGACUUGGCUUGUUGUUGUCAAUUCGCUUCACUGAGCACAGAUUAUGCAGGUUUACUCCUCUAGCACUCGUCUUUGGACAAGUAAUAUUUCGGUUUCCUGACCGAGUGGCGAUGUUAUGCGUGCGAUUUCGAACAACGUGACCAGAUCGACCUCUUCGGGUUCUCAAUAUAUCCAUACUCUUUAUCUUUCGGAAGAGGUCGUCUGAGAUAGGACGUCUUGACGUCAAGUGUGACAAUUCAGAUCUUGAAUAUUUAAUUAGAUUGAGAGAGCGACUGUGCAGAUUCUGCAAGCGAUUAUUCGGGUAGCGUCUAGCAGCGUUUCCUGCUCUUUUCGGACCUGGGUUUCUUGGGAUAUCUAAGUGUAUCGUGAGAUCUGUCUUAACUAGACAGCUUGGAAGAACCAGAACAGUUAGUCCAUACUUACUGUGCUUUGUUAUCGCUUUUGAAAGUCUGAAGACUGAACUCACUUGUACACGCUUAAGGACCGUCCUGGAGUCGCUUAUGACUCUACCUAUGACUCCCCCAAAGUUUGCAUGACUGCCCAACACUCUAUCAAUCCCACUUGGGCUAAAGAUUAAGAUAUGUAAACUUGGAAAAGUCUUUUAUUCCUUAGAUAUAAAUUUCUUGAUAAAAUGUGAUAAUUUUAAUAAUUCUUGUAAUCUAAAAAAAAUGGUUAUUUAUGUUAUUUUCAGGGUAUGGGUUUUUUAAGAAAGUGGCUGAAAGAGGAAUACAAUAACGAAGAACUGCUGUUUUUCCAGCCUCACAUGGUGCAACUAGUUCUUAUGAAAUAUGUGACUAUGCACUCUUUACACAAGUAAGCAGUACGCCGUAUUUAUUUAUCGAUUAGUCAUAGAAAAUAUGAUAAGUUAUAGCAGAGUUUUUUACUAUUUGGCUGGAUAUAAAGGCUAUUUUGUAGCUCUUUGAUCUGAUGUGGCGUUUUACAUAUUGGUUGCACUGAAAAGGUUAACUUCAGUCCUCAAAGGAAUGAAUGAAUGUUGACGGUGAGUGGUGCAUGGUUGGCACUCUCGACUUUUCUUCUUAAAUCUAGUUCUGAACAUUUUAUCUAAGUAUGUUAGACAUGGCUCCAUGACAUCAACUUCCAGUCAUCUAUACGAUUUUUGGGGCAAAAACAGGGAAUCUAACUGAAGGAAUUGUUGGGUCAGGGGUUGAUAACAAAGGAAGCAUUUCCGUCACCAAAGGACUCCCUCCCCCCACUUAACCCCACUCCCUUCCGAACUAAUUCUCAGUAUAUUUAUUUCUAUGGGUUAAUCUCCCUCGACACAGUCCCUACAGCCCUCUUUUUGAUUCGUUAAACAAGAAUUGCGGGUCUCUUUAUUACAAACGUAGGUAUGAAAACAUAAGUAUAAUGGCGUUUCUUUCUUUUCAACCGUUAUAGAAAGCCACUUACAUUUGAAGCUCUGGACUUCCAACAAUGUAACAGAGACAACCCUUUCUUGACUCCCGGUGUUUUCAAGGUACUCAAACAUAUUAACUGGCUAAGUGUUCUUUUAUACGCGGUUUGAUUCGUCGAAAGUUAAAUCUAUUGGAAGUUAACGCUUCGGCACCUUGUGGACGCAAACGCGGUGGAUUUUUGUGUGCUGAUACUUCAGGGUAGAGCUGAUAUGUGGGAAGGGAAUGAAAAAAACAUAAAAAAGAAAUGAUAUGUAUCUACUACCUUUGAAUUUUUUCCUAGAUAGAGGAAUGAGAGGGGGUGCCUUGUAACUUGAAGUUUCGGACGAAGGAAUUACUUCACAAUCAAAUGAACAAAGCAAAUGAACAAAGCAAAAAGAACGUUUGCAGUAACUAUGUUGAUUCAGAGUCUGUUGCAAUAGGCAUGCGUAUUACCGUUGAACGCUGGCCGCACUGAUUGGCUGCUUAAAGCCGAUCAAAGGAGUCCAUAGUGAACACGGCCAAUCAGAACAAGGGUAAAAAUAACGAUGAGUCAGAAAGUAAACAAACUAAUUUAGGCGCGGGAAAGCGCGUGUUACCAAGACGCCAUAGGUUCAAGUUUUGUAUCUGUAGAGCUGAGAAGGUGGCGCCAGCUUUCUGGAUUAAUUACAGAGCAUAGCCAAGCAGUUCUAGUGGAAUCCCGAAUUAAUUUCGAUAUUCAAUUAAAAACUUCUCUGUAGAAACUACUGAUGACGACUUGCGUUCAUUUGUUACAGGGUACUUACAGCAGUCAUGGGGUGGAAAUGGUCAUGAUUACAAUCGAGGAUCAAAGAAUAGUAGCGACAAAGUUAACGGUACGUGAACGAGUUUUAGACAAUCAUGCACUAAGUCGCGUUUCCGCCUUUUUUGUUGGCAUACUCUUUAACUAAGCCAUGGAAGAGUCUUACUGUAUUACCAUGUUAAACACGCGUUAGCAAACACUCUGUCAGAUAAUUAGGACUCCAUGGUCAAACUUAAGAAAUGGCUCAGUGACUCGCCACUUUCAUAAUGACGCCAUUUACCACGGAGGUGAGUAAAUGAAACUACUGGGCGUCAAGGGUUUUGUCCAACAAAUUAAAACAACAGUGAUCGAAUGAAAAAUUGCACAAAUGCUUCUGUUCGUGUGGAGUCUGAAAGUGUGUUGAGGUGAGGUCGAAUUGCCCAAGAAUGGAGGAGAUGAAAGCGGAACUUGGGAGAUUUGGAUCACACGACAUGAUGGACAUGAUGGACAUGAUGUGGCAUUGUUCCUUCAGUAAGAAAAAGUGUUGGGAUCAUUUUGACAGAAAAUUUCAGGAAGAUGCUAACCGUGUCCUUACUUGCCCUUACAUAGGGAGACGUUAAUGUCCCAACAGGGGGUAGAACUGUGGUAACCCUUUUCUUAUUUACCUACCCACAGGGGGACCCUAAUGUCCCAGCAGGGCAGGUGACAUUUGAUGUUGACCUCAGUAGGCCUGUGACUGAUGACGCUCAACCAUCAGCAGCAGCAGGAAGUGGCCAGGCACAGGAGUUCCAGAUACCGCCAGCUUAUGAAGCGCGAUACACAGACUACCCGCACACUUACCUUGCAAGGUCAGUUUUCAUUUGUCACAUCAACUUGCCUUUUCAGUUGGUAUAAAUUCCAUUAUUUCUCAGUCCAACUGACUGCACCUUGCAAAUUAUCCUUUACGAUUUACACGAUCAAACGCCGCCCUCGAUUUAAAGCCCUAGAUAGAAGCAAAAUUACCAAUAAACACCGCAACCAAUUUGAAGAAGGCAGUGUUUAUUCAGGAUUAUCAAGGACGGUUCAACUCAGUAUAUUUCCUCAUACUUGGAGUUUCUUUUUUUAAAAAGCAAGACAUUGGAACUUAAAACAAGUUUUUCAUCAUUUGAUGUCUACAAAUGAUUUGCCAAAAUUUCUUGUUGUCGAGAAAACGCCGCGUGUGAAUAAAAGCUGCUAUGGUCUCCUUCCGUUCCGUGGACGAAGAAAUGCUUUAUUUCCGUUUCCACCUGUUUUCUUCUUUUUCGCUGUGAAAACCUCGAUGAUGAAGACGACCUUAUGUCUAAAUUUUGUAUCCGCUUUACAUACGUCAGAUUUUGCAUCAUGCUAUCAAAUGGCGUACAGACAUAACAGUGUUCCUCCCAUGCAGUCAAAAGGCAGCUGCGACAAUACUUCUAAGUACAUGAAAAUCAUGUGUGGCUUUUAGUUUUUUAUUUAUUAAUUUUUUUUACACGUAGCUGGUAGUUGAAGGCUACAUAUCCGCAUAGUCGGUGCCUUAUGUGCAAUUUUUAUCCCGAAGCCUUUCUAGGAUGGAUAGCUUAAAGCCACUUGUAUGCAUCCUGUCUUAAACUGUCUUCCAGUUAUUACGAUAACCCGUUUAACCUUUUGGCUGUAGAUAUCAUGGCAAAGGACAGAUUGCCAGUCAUGGGUUUGUAUCUCCUCAGUGGACCCCAGGCCACUUUGUGCUGUUUAAUGACGACAUGUUUGGUUUUCUUUGGAUUGAACUGAUGGCUUUUAGUGUGUACAGCCGAACAACCGAGCCUUUCUUGAGAUAAAAGGACUGGAAAACGACAUUAUCCUUGCAAAACCGUUCAUCCAGCUUCUUCCCGUUUGUUUUAUAUAACUCCCUUGAUAUCCAACCAGGAAAUCUCUGAAUCGAGGCUACCGCUGUCUGAUUCGUGAUCAUUAGGGUUUGUAUUUUUCCUUUGCAGUUUUAUGAUUCAUUUUUCGUAUUUAAUAGAGUUAAGUGCACUACAUUUUCAGAGGAUUAAGACAGCCUCAGUUUUCGCGCCUUUGAUUGUAAGGGUAGCGUGAAUCGUUUAUUAUUUCUUGACUAUUUACAGCUAAAUAACAAUGAAAGUCAUGCAGAACAGAGUACAAAAUAAGACGAGGAAUAGUGUUUUGCAUAAGAUCGGCUUUCUCUGACGAUAAUGUUAAUAUGUAAAAAUGAAACAAACGCAUUCAAGUUCUAUAAUUUACGAUAGCGAUAGAGGAGAAGUAAAAUAUAGCAUGUGAAGUUCUGCACUGUAAAACCGUGCAGUUAAGUAGAAGUGUUAAAGGCAUUCCGAUCUUGUCUUGAUAGUGUCAAUACAAGAUUAGAGGCAAUUCAAGGAACCUAUCAAACAAAGGCACAUUGUGGUAGCUUCUAUUGAAUCCGAAUUCGUACCUUAUUCACAUUCGUACAUUUUGAGUAAUCUUUCUGUUCUUGAACAAACAAAUGGACUGAAAAUAAUACCUUGAAAUGGAAGAAUCAACCGUAGGGAAUGAGUCAAUUUAUGACGAAAACCUAAGUUAUGUACUGUCAUUCUCCACAAAAGCAUUCCCCAGCAGCCUGUGACAGGGAAUAAAUGAGACCUGGACAUAAGUCGUAGUAUUUCAGACAGUAAAGCGUUUUGACUUUUGGGCUAGAAUUGGAAACAACACUUAAAAUUUUAUUUAUGCGCAAUUCAUAGUUAUUUUCCCUGAUUUUUAUUUUUCUAUUUGGUGAUUGAUCCAGUCAGCCACCAAUUUUGACCAUUUAAACUUCGUGCUAGCUUUUUGUUAGCAACAAAUCUCCUGAGGUGUUUGUAAUCAAAUAACCAGAAUGUAGUAAAAUAUGAUACGAGUGGAUGUUACUUUUCAAUUGUAUAUGUCUCGAACGAAAGUAGUUACAUAUUAGUAGUGUGCGGUUCGUUUGAAGUAUGUUCCGCGCACGAGCCCACUGCAUUAACUCUUUCUGCCGAGCUCAUCUGACUUUCCAUUUUGAAAAAGCUUCGAUCAAACACCGUGGCAAGCAAUCGGCUUUAGCAGCUUUGAUAAUGAGGUCUAAUACUAACAAACCAACUUUUACUUAAAACAAAGUAGUAAUAAUAAAAACGGCCUCGUUGAACUGUUGCAAUGUUUUUCACUACGCAUACAUCCCUGGGAACACACAACAUAGCGGUCUAUUGAAGGCGAGUAAAGUGCGAUUAGUUACGUGUAAGCAAGAGGCGACUUUUGGUACAAUUCUCAGUAUAAAAGCUUUUUAUUUUAUCUUGUUAAAAUUACAAUGC